GGGUCCCCAAUAACCGGGGGUGUCCCCGAGUGCCCAUCCAGGGGUCCCCAAUAACCGGGGGAGUCCCCGAGCCCCCACCCAGGGGUCCCCAAGAGCCGGGGGUGUCCCCCCCGCCGGUCCCCAGCCCGGGACGCUCGGGCGCUGCCGUCGGGGUCCCGGUGGGGCCGCGGGAGGAGCCGGGCCCGGUCACUCCCCCCGUGGGAGGAGCCACGCGGGACCCUCGGCAGGGCAGGAGCCGCGGGCAGCGCGGAGCUCUCAAAACCGCCCGAGCGCGGAGCCGCCGGUGCCCGCUGCGCUCCCGGUGCGCUCCCGCUGCGCUCCCGGUGCGCUCCCGGUGCGCCUCCUCUGCGCUCCCGCUGCGCCUCCUCUGCGCUCCCCGGGGCUGACCCCGCCAUGUCCCCGGGCGAGUGACACGAGUGACAGCGGGGACUCGCUGCCGUGCCCAGAUGCCCCAGAGCUGCUCCAAGCCCUCGGACAUGGCCGAGCUCGUCAGCAGCCAGGCCUGGAUGGGCGACGCGCCCGCAGCCGGGGCCGAGCUGGGCGAGGGGGACACCGGGAGCGCUCCCUUCGCGCUGGUGCCGGCCCUGGCCGAGCAGCACGACAGCGCCGAGGAGGAGGAGGAGGAGGAAGAGGACGGCGAGAAGCCCAAGAGGAGAGGCCCGAAGAAGAAGAAGAUGACCAAGGCCAGGCUGGAGCGGUUCCGGGCGCGGCGCGUCAAGGCCAACGCCCGCGAGCGCACGCGGAUGCACGGCCUGAACGACGCCCUGGACAACCUGCGCCGCGUCAUGCCCUGCUACUCCAAAACCCAGAAGCUCUCCAAGAUCGAGACGCUGCGGCUGGCCAGGAACUACAUCUGGGCCCUGUCCGAGGUGCUGGAGACGGGGCAGACGCCCGAGGGGAAGAGCUUCGUGGAGAUGCUGUGCAAGGGGCUCUCGCAGCCCACCAGCAACCUGGUGGCCGGCUGCCUGCAGCUGGGGGCGCAGCCGCUCUUCCUGGAGAAGCACGAGGAGAAGCCCUGCGAGCCAGCCCUGCCCGGCCACUCCUUCGGCUACCAGGGGCUGCCCAGCCCCCCCUACGGCUCCAUGGAGUCCCACCUGCUGCACCUGAAGCCGCCGGCCUUCAAGAGCCUGGUGGAGGCUUCCUUCGGGAGCCACCCCUCGGACUGCUCCACGCCGCCCUACGAGGGGCCCCUGACGCCGCCGCUGAGCAUCAGCGGGAACUUCUCCCUGAAGCAGGACGGGUCCCCGGAGCUGGAGAAGCCCUACCCGCCCUUCAUGGCGCACUACCCCUCGGUGGGCCUGGCCGGGGCCCACGGGCACGGCUCGCACUUCCAGGGCUCCGUGCCCCGCUACGAGAUCCCGCUGGACGUCGCCUUCGAGCCCUUCCCGCCCCACGUGGCCGGGCCCCAGCUCGGCGCCAUCUUCAACGAGUAGCGGGGCCGGGCGCGGCUUUGGGGCCGGGAGAAGAGCCCGGGAUGGACGCAGCUGGGGCAGCUCUGCAGGACGUGGCCCUGGAGGUGCCACCGCGGCUGUCCCAGCUGUCCCCAGGAGCCGCGGGAGCCGUUCUGGGCUCUGAGCGGUCGCUGCUCCCCCAGAGACGCUCCCGAAGGUGCUUCCACCCCCAGGAGUCCAUCCUGACAGCAGGUCCAGCCCUUGGAUUGUCCAACCUCUCCCUGUCCCCCCCAAGUGGGGACAGAGCCCCUCCUGCCCCUCGGGGUGACCACUGUCCCUUCCCCGGGGGGGUCACGGAGUUCCCAGUCCAGCUGGGGCCGGGUGGGAACGAGCCGGGCACUUGUGGGAAACCAGCACAGAAACCCCCACCCCAGGGAGAAGCUUUUCCUUCUGCCAUCAUGGAUGGGGACAACGUCCAGGGAUGGGGGACAACGUCCAGGAAUGGGGGACAGCGUCCAGGGAUGGGGGGACAACAUCCAGGGA